UUUUCCCACAAGCAUUGUGGGUUUUGUCCACUUGCUUGCUCUGUCUUGUGUGUAUAUUAGUAAGGCGAGGAAAGAAGAAGAAACGAAGUCGGAAUUUAAAAGAGAGAGAGAGAGAGAGAGAGAGAGAGAAGAAGAAGACGAAGAAGAAGAUGGAGACCGCAUCAGAAAUGGUGGCAUUUCCAUUGCUGAUGACGCCGAUCGAAUCGAACUACAGAGCCUGCACCAUCCCCUUCAGGUUUCCCUCCGACAAUCCUCGCAAGCCAACCCCGACUGAGCUGGCCUGGAUCGACCUCUUCCUCAACUCCAUCCCUUCCUUCAAGAAGCGAGCUGAGACCGAUGCUGUUGACGAUGCUCCGGCUAGAGCUGAAAAAUUUGCUCAAAGGUACUCUGAGAUACUUGAGGACUUGAAGAAGGACCCUGAAAGUCAUGGUGGCCCACCAGAUUGCAUUCUUCUUUGCAGACUUCGUGAGCAAGUCCUUAGGGAGUUGGGGUUCAAGGAUAUAUUUAAGAAAGUCAAGGAUGAAGAGAAUGCAAAGGCCAUAUCCCUGUUUGAGAAUGUAGUGGAUUUAAGUGAUGCUAUUGAAGAUGAAGGAAAGCGCCUAGAGAAUCUCGUUAGAGGGAUAUUUGCUGGAAACAUAUUUGAUCUUGGUUCUGCACAGCUCGCAGAAGUUUUCUCAAAGGAUGGUAUGUCCUUUUUAGCCAGUUGCCAAAACCUUGUCCCUCGACCCUGGGUUAUCGAUGACUUGGACGAUUUCAAAUUGAAAUGGAGCAAGAAAUCCUGGAAAAAGGCUGUUAUAUUUGUUGACAAUUCUGGUGCAGAUAUUAUUUUGGGAAUUUUGCCAUUUGCGAGAGAGUUACUCCGGCGUGGGACACAGGUUGUGUUGGCAGCUAAUGACUUGCCUUCUAUCAAUGACAUAACUUACCCUGAACUGAUUGAGAUUAUAUCAAAGUUGAAGGACAAUGAGGGGAAGCUCAAGGGUGUUGAUACUUCAAAUCUUUUCAUUGCCAAUUCUGGUAAUGAUUUGCCGGUUAUUGAUCUUUCAAGAGUGUCACAAGAGAUUGCCUACCUGGCGAGUGAUGCAGACCUAGUUAUUACGGAAGGAAUGGGUCGUGGGAUAGAGACAAAUCUUUAUGCGCAAUUUAAGUGUGAUUCCCUCAAGAUUGGGAUGGUGAAACAUCCCGAGGUUGCCCAGUUUCUAGGAGGAAGGCUUUACGAUUGCGUCUUCAAAUACAAUGAAGUUUUGUUGAGUUAAUAAUGUUGGUUCUUGUCUUGUCUGUACUCUUAACCGAAUUUAUUCUGAGUCAUCAGAGUACAUGAAGUAUUAGAUCUUAGCUACUGCAAGAGCUUAUAUAUUUAAAACUUUGAAAUUCAGCACUCCUUAUAAAUAAACAUGUCUACUGUUACACGUGGUUUA